CGGUUACGCUUAGUAACAGUUUUACUGGUAUUAUGGGGAUGUUAUAAGACUCUUGGGUUGAGAAGAUGGGUCAGUCAGGAUGAGAGCGGUGCAGUGUCUGUUGGUGUUGGUGCUGCUGCUGUGGCAGGCUUCGGCCGGGCCCGCUGUCAGCGUUUUAGGCCACGACCCCUCUUCCCACCCCCCAGCCCUGGCCGCCGUCUCCGAGCUGACGUCCCGCGUGGCCAGUAAAGGCCCCCGCCUCAACAUGAAGGACGCCAGGUUCCCCAUCCCGGGGCCCCAGGACAUAGAGGCCAUCAAGAAGGUGGCGCAGAUCCUGGCCAUGCUGGGAGAACAGGUGAUCCCGGCAAUUAUAGGAGAGCCGAGCACCGGUGGAGCGUGUGAUCCCGUGGAGGAUGCCCCCAACGACACCGUCACUGAAUAGGCUUGACUAGAUAGUUCAUACUGGGUUUUGUUAAGGCUUUCAUAAACUGAAAUAGACGUCAUAUUCUCUGAGAAAAAAGUGACUAAGCCCUCCAGUAGCGGAGGCCGGAAUGGAACCGCCGUCUUUAGCUUACGCGCCUAACGCUCUGACUCUGAGGUUAAUCGAGUAUAUGCAAUGUUUAAAAAGGCGAGGCGCCUUGGAUCAACUCUAAUGGGCGAGCACUACGUGAUUCCACGUUCUGUCUAUACGAAUCCCUUACGGGUGUCUUUUUUAUUUUAUUUAUUUCUAGAAGGCGUUAGCAGCCAAUAGAAGGCCUCUCACGUUUUUAUUUACAUUUAAUAUUAUAUUUUAUGAUUACGAAAUUUGAAGACUUGUUUAAAAUUUGGCUGGUUUAAAAUCCAGCCUCGGCGAUUGGAGGUCUUCAAGUUCAAGUUCGGCCUGGCCAGCCACAUUAGGGCCCAUAAUCGGCGUAAUCCGUAAUUGCUGAGGUCAUCGAAAUAGAUGAGGAGGACUAUACAUUACAUUAUUUAUUUAGUUAAUGACAUCUGCUUUAAAUUUUUGGGUUCUUGCCAGUUGUUGGGAAAGAAGACCAGGUCUUUCCAUCGUCUCCUUUCCGCCACCACUCCGCCAAUAUUCGUCUAACGAUAAUUUGGAACCAAAGAUGACUUCAGGAAAUAUUUUUUAAAAUCUCUGGAGACCAUAAUUACCUACAAAUAAUGGAAGAGUGAUUACAAAAAAUUUUGCAGUUUUAUUGCAUAAUUUUGAGACUGAGCGUCCCAAAAACCCAGUAUUUUAUUCUUUAAGUGUUAUUAAAUAUUAAGUGUUAUUUACGGUAAUAAAGGGUAACUUAUUAGCGACUUUCUGUACAUAUAUUAUUAAUAAAUUGGAGAAUGUAAAA